AUGAGGGAAGGUUUAAAAUAUUUGAAAAACUUGAAAGAGUUUAAUAUGGUGCAUAAUGGAAUGAGUGGCUCUCUUAAUUCGCUAGGUUUAGCACAUUUGACAAACUUGAAAAGCUUGGAUCUAAGUGAUAAUCAAAUCAACACUUCUCUAUCAAGUUUAGGUUUAGUAAAUUUGACCAAUUUGAAAAGAUUGGAUUUAAGUGAGAAUCAAAUCGCAAAUGCUAGAGGUUUAGUGAGUUUGAAAGAUUUGAAAGCAUUGAACCUCGGUGAUAAUGAAAUGAAUGGCUCUCUAUCAAGUUCGGGAAUAUGUGAGUUAAUGGCUCUUGUUGAACUAGAUCUUAUGCACAAUAAUUUUGGUGGUCAAGUCCCUCAAUGUCUCACCAACUUCACCUACCUCAAGGUUCUUGUUCUUUCAUCAAAUCAAUUAAAUGGAACUAUGCCAUCUGCUUUUACUCAAAUGAAAUCUCUUGAAUAUUUGGAUGUCCAAGAAAAUAACUUUGAAGGAAAAUAUUCACUAAGUUCAUGGGCUAACCAUUCAAAGCUUCAGGCAUUUGCACUCUCAUCAAGAAACAACACGUUUCAAGUGGAAAAUGAAAAUUGGUUCCCUGCAUUUCAAUUGAAGGCUCUCAAGUUAACUCAUUGCAACUUACAUGCCAUCCCUAGUUUUCUUCUAUACCAAUAUGACUUAUUAUCCCUUGAUCUCUCUCAUAAUAAGUUGGUUGGUACAUUUCCAUCUUGGUUGUUAGUAAAUAACACAAACUUGAGAGGAAUGUAUUUGGUGAACAACUCAUUCUCAGGAACUCUUAAGCUGCCAAACACCAAACAUGAUUCCAAUGUCGUUUUAGACGUUUCUCAUAACAAUUUCAGUGGUCAACUCCCUAAGAAUAUUAGUAAGAUCUUUUCGAAUUCCUUAGAGCUUUUGUCCAUGUCCGGUAAUAGUUUUGAAGGCAAUCUUCCUUUAUCAAUGGGUGAAAUGAAAGCGCUUAGGUGGGUGGAUUUUUCCAACAACCAUUUUUCAGGAGAGUUACCAGGUGAUUUUCUCAUUGGUUGCUUCUUAUUGGAAUUUUUGAACUUGUCAAACAACAAUUUUCAUGGGCAAAUAUUUCCUCAAUAUAUGAACCAUCCUCGAUUGCUGUUCAUAUAUUUGAAUAAUAACAGCUUCAGUGGAAAAAUCGGAAGAGGAUUACAAAAUUCUAUGUCUUUAGUAGUCUUAGAUAUCUCCAACAACAAGGUAUCAGGUCAGGUUCUUAAUUGGAUCGGUAACUUUUCAAACCUCGUGUUUCUUCUAAUGUCAAAAAAUCUUUUAGAAGGAAAUAUUCUUGUUCAAUUAAGCAAGUUGUCAUCCCUUACUGUUUUAGAUGUCUCUAAAAAUAGGUUGACCGGACCCAUUACAUCUUUUAAUUUUUCAUUUAUCAAAGAGUUGUUCAUGCAAAAGAAUGCUUUCACGGGGCCAAUUCCAAAGUCAUUGUUUAGAAGCUCUGAGUUAUUGAUGCUCAAUUUGAGGGACAACCAAUUUUUAGGAAGUAUUCCUAAUUUGAUCAAUAAGCAUUCAAGUUUACGUGUUCUUCUUUAG